UCGAUAGUUCAUUUAAUCGCAAGUCUAUGUCGACACAUUUAUUUUAUUUAAUUUAAUUUCGUAUAGUUAAAGAACGCUGUGCGUUAGCUGCUUUUUGCGGACAGAACUCUAGCAAACGGAACAGAACACCACGGAGCAGAACACUUACUACAGGCAUAAUGAGUGCGACAACCGAGCAACAGAAACAGACGAGCUUUGACAGCGCUCAGGGUGAUGGACAGCCCAGUUCGUCAGCCUCAUCCUCAUCACAGCCACAAGGACAACAGGAGCAACAGCAACCGCAAACAUCACAAAAUGCACCGGCAAAGCUAUUGCAGCAUUUUCAAACAAAUCGCAUCGACUCGGCGCUGUGGGCGCUGCGUCUGCUUGUCAUCUUCUUUACCGUUAGCUAUGUGUUGCCCAUAUUCACCUCACAACAGAGCUCUUUCAACAAGGUUCUGCUAGCAAAUGCAGCCAUAUCGGCGCUGCGUUUGCAUCAGCGUGUGCCCGCCUUCUCGUUCAGCCGCGAAUUCUUGGCUCGUUUAUUUGCCGAAGACUCGUGUCAUUAUAUGAUGUACUCGUUGAUUUUCUUUAGCAUUCGUCCCACUCUGCUGGUGCUCAUACCCAUUGCGCUCUACUCAGUGCUGCAUGCGGCCAGCUACUCGCUCAAAUUACUGGAUCUGAUUGGUCAGAAUUCUUGGUGGGGCGCACGUUUCAUUAUCUCAAUUGUGGAAUUCCAGGCAGCCAAUAUACUAAAGGCUACCGCAUUCUGCGAGAUUUUCAUUAUGCCUUAUGCCAUUGUGUUAACUUUUAUGGCUCACGCUGGUUUGAUGACUCCAAUCAUCUACUAUCAUUAUCUGGUCAUGCGUUAUAGCUCGCGCCGUAAUCCCUAUCCCCGCACUGCCUUUGCCGAGCUACGCAUUACCUUUGAGGCGCUGGCAGCUCGUUCCCCACCCGUAAUUGGCAAGAUCAUUCGUGGCGGUAUUGGAUUCGUCAGUCGCCUGGCUCCACAGCCGCAGCCAGCGCCUGCGCAGUAGAGCCCAGAACAUAAAUAACAACAAUCAAAGAGACAAGCAAACAGCAACAAUACAUCAUAAGCUACCUAAGUCUGCUUUAAACACACACAUACAGAGAGAUACCCACAGAUGCACACACACACACACCCAUAUACAAUUACACACACACACACACACACACUGCUUCAGAGAGUGUAGGUUCCAUCCAUAUUCAUUUCGUUUGUUUUUAUCUAUCUACCAAAUUCGCGAUGAACAAUUUGUUCAAUAUAAAAAUUUAUAGUUUAUUUUAGACUUUUACAUUUUGUCAAAAUUUUACAAUUUGGCAAAAUUAUUAACUGUUGUUUUAUCUACUUUAUUACUAUGUUGUUGUAAUUAUUCAUGUGCAUCGUAUCGUAUUAUUAACAUUAGUUCAAAUUUUUAAAUAUGAUUUACGAGUUUGCUUUAUAUAUAUAUAUAUAUAUAUAUAUAUAUAUAUAUAUAUAUAUGUAUAUAAAUAUACAUAUUUUUUAAUAUUUCUUAAGAUAUCAAGUGAAGAUCAAGCAAGUAGAAAAUUCAAUAAUAAUAAAAGAAGGAGAAUGUUCACCAUUGAAAAUUUGGGUUUAAUGUGUUAAAAUUUAUUGAAAUAUAUAAUUAUGCAUUCAUAAAUUAUAGUUUGAUAACAGCUGUGUGUGUGUGUGUGUGACUGUGAAGGUGUUAGGAAACUUUUAUAUAAAAUGUUUAGUUAGCAUAUAUAUAUUCUAAAAUUAUGAAACCAAGAUCUUGGAAAAUCUUAAGAGAUAUUCAAUAGAAUGUAUAUUGACUAAAAUUGAAUUAAAAACAGAAUCUAAAUCUA